CGCAGUAAUUCUUAUGUUAAAUGCCAUUCAUUGAUUUAUUAAUGAUAUUUCUAGCUGAUAAUACUAGAGGUUUUGCUAUGCUGUAUUGUUUGCAUUGAAUAAUUCGGACGGGGGGUUGCACCAUCCCUGAUUUUCCUCAGGAAUCCCAGAAAUGGAAGAACAGACGGGCUCUCCUGCAGCCAACACUGACACCAGCACCCAGAGGAACGGAGAUGAGAAACCCCGGCGAGGCAGCUGGACCAAAGGAAGGAAAAGAAAGAAGCCGAUGAAGGACAGCAAUGCUCCCAAAGCCCCUUUGACGGGCUACGUUCGCUUCAUGAACGACAGACGGGAGCAGCUACGGGCAGAGCGUCCAGACGUCCCAUUUCCAGAAAUUACCAGGAUGCUGGGCAACGAGUGGAGCAAGCUCCCCCCCGAGGAAAAGCAGAGAUACUUGGACGAGGCAGAGCGAGAUAAGGAGCGCUACAUGCGUGAACUGGAGAAGUACCAGAAGACGGAGGCCUACAAACACUUUACCAGAAAAGUCCAAGAGAAGCAGAAAGGCAAGAGACACAGGGGAGAUACCGGACACCAAACAACCAGUGAGUCCCUUCAUGAGAAAGAUGUGGAGGGGAAGGACAGGACUGUGUUUGACAUUCCCAUCUUCACAGAGGAGUUCCUCAACCACAGCAAAGCAAGAGAAGCAGAGAUGAGACAGUUACGCAAGACCAACAUGGAGUACGAGGAGCGCAACGCCGCCCUGCAGAAGCACGUCGAGAGCAUGCGGGGGGCGGUGGAGCGGCUGGAGGGCGACGUGAUGCAAGAGAGGGGCCGCAAUGGGCUCCUGCGCCAACACCUGGAGACCCUGCGCCAGGCGCUCACCUCCAGCUUCUCCUCUGUGCCUCUGCCAGGCAGUGGAGAGACGCCCACUCUUGAAACGGUUGACUCUUACAUGAAGAAGCUCCACACCAUCAUCGUCAGUAACCCUCAGGAGCACGAGAACCUCAUCAACACUGUGAGGGAUGUGGUCAACCGUUUGGACAGAUAAUUGGACCAAGCUCUGCUGAGGCUCAUUCCAGAUCACCUGUUCACACUGAACCGUUGGAUCUUCUCCACUUCACAUCCCAGUUUUCCUGAGAAUUCGUUCUUCUGCUUUCAUUAUCUUGGCUAAACGUGGUUUCUACUAUUUAUUUAUUGUUUUUUUAGACAUUUUAAACAUUUCUCACAAUUGAUUCCUGAAUUUCACAGAGGUUUCCAGUCAUUCAUCUCGUUUCAUGUGACGCAUAUUCUACAUCACUUCCUGUCAGUUAUCUAGUUAGUGGGUUUGUACUUUACUAUAUCAAAGAAACUAUUGUUACAUGUCUCCUGUAUCUUUGCUAUGUUGAAAAAACGAUGUGCCAUCUCUUUUUUUAUUUGUGUGAUACAUUUUUGUCUUUUCAAUAAAUGUUUUGAUGAUAUGCAUUUUAAGUUUGUUAGGAAUUUUGGGUACAUGUUUGCACUGAAAUGAAAAUAAAACUAAAAAGAAACCCUGUUGUGAGAAAU